AUGUAUGUGUAUGCAAAGGAUGUUAAAUCUCCGGAGACGCCAGUGCUGUUUGUCCCAAGCAUCCGUUCCGGUGGUUUUGCUGAUAUUGGUCCACGGAGAUACAUGGAAGACGAACACAUAAGGAUAGACGAUCUGUCAGCACACUUGGGGUCCCUCAUCACAGUUCCCGAACCUUGUGCCUUCUACGGGGUUUUUGAUGGCCAUGGAGGGCCUGAGGCUGCAGCCUAUGCUAGAAAACACGCGAUGAGAUUCUUUUUUGAAGACGGUGAUUUCCCACGAGCAUCUGAAGUAAACGAUGCCUUCGUAUUGGAUGUUGAGAAUUAUCUGAGGAAAGCAUUUCUCUUAGCAGAUAUGGCCUUGGCUGAGGACAGUAGCGUGAGCAGUUCUUCGGGAACGACUGCUUUGACAGCUCUCGUUGUUGGAAGUGGAAUUAAUUCUAUGUGGAUGUCUCUUUAA